AAGAAUUUUCAGGGGGGAAAUCUUCUAAAUAUACAGAUAAAUAUACUCUUCACCAUGAAAUCAUUAUCCUUCACCAUGAAAUCAUUAUCAGUUGUCGUGUUCAUUUUAUGCCUAUCGUUUUGUAUUUUUGGACAAGAGAGUCUACCAUCUUCGACUAGGGGGAAAUCAAUUCGGCAAACUCGACCACUUUGGCAAGAGCAUUACCUGAUCGAAGAAUGUGUAAAUAACAGCUAUACUCAGAAUUCUUGUGAGAAAGUUUUUUGUCAGCCAUGGCAGAGGUGUGUGGAAGGCACCUGUGUCUGUAAGCUACCCUACCAGUGCCCAAGGAAUGGCACCUCUGUUUGUUCUGUUCAGCGGAAGACUUUCCAAAAUUACUGUCAGCUAAAGAGCUUUGAAUGCCGACGUAGAGACAGCAGGUUUAUGAACAAAGGGCAUUGUAAUUCUGAAGAGAGUUUUGAAAUUUUCCUGGAGACUGAAGAUGUAACAUCAGAGGGAUUUAUUCAAGUCAGAGUGAACCAUCUCCAGAACACAUUUAUAUGUGGGGAUGGAUGGGGAAUGAAUGAAGCAAAUGUGGCCUGCAGACAUCUUGGUUUUCCAGAGGGGGCUGAUCGUGCGGAGAUUAAUUACCCAGCAGAUGACUCAGACUCAUCAGUAUGUCUAAAGGCAACUUGCAGAGGAAUAGAGACCAGUCUAGCUGAAUGUACUCUGACUAAAUUCAGUAACAUUGAUGCGGAAGUUGCUAAGGUGGUAUGUCAUACAACGCACAAAGGAUGUUCUUCCAGAGAAUUCCGCUGUGUCAAUCAAAAAUGUGUCCCAUCACGUAGCGUUUGUGAUGGAAUAAAUGAUUGUGGAGAUUCAAGUGAUGAAUUGUGUUGCAAAGCAUGUAGACGCGGAAGCUUCCACUGCCACUCGGAUGUGUGUAUUCCAAACAAAUAUCUUUGUAACAAUGAAAAGGACUGCCUAACUGGAGAAGAUGAAAGUCGCCAGUUGUGUGAUCAGAUAAAGGAAAAUGAAAGAGAAAGAACAGAAGCACCUGAAGAGUCCAUGGAUGAAGAAAGAAAAAAGUUGAAAACAUUUCUACCCCAACAACACUGUGGCAUUGCAAAUCGAGCGGUUGCUCGUCAGAAGCGAAUCAUAGGUGGACAUUUGGCAGAAAAGGAUGAGUUUCCUUGGCAAGUGGCAAUUAUAAACGAGCAGAAGAGACUUACCUGUGGUGGGGUUUACAUUGGAGGCUGUUGGAUUCUGACUGCUGCACAUUGUGUUAGAGCAAGCCAUGUGCAUCUUUAUAGGAUAUGGUCUGGGAUGAUUAAUUCACUAAAUAUGAAUACUGGAAUAGAAAUAUUUUUUAUAAAAAAGGGGAUAGUCCAUGAAAACUAUAAUCCCGAAACAAACGAAAAUGACAUUGCUUUGCUGGAGAUGAAACAAAGGGACUUAAGAUGUACAUCAUGUGACCUACCAAACUUUGUGCCAGUGUGCAUCUCCUGGUCACAAUAUAUGUUCAGACCUGGUCACCAGUGCAAAGUGUCUGGCUGGGGACUAGACGAAGGAUUUAUGAAACAAUUUUCCCUUAAGUGGGGGUAUGUUUACUUACUGGGGAACUGUUCUGAGAUCCACAGGGAACGUUAUUUUGAAGGAAUGGAAUGUGCAGGUACAGAUGAUGGCUCUGUAGAUUCCUGUAGAGGUGACUCAGGAGGACCCUUGGUUUGUUUUGACUCCCAUAAUGUAGCGUACCUUUGGGGUAUUGUGAGCUGGGAUAAAGGUUGUGGUGAAAAAGGACGUCCUGGAAUUUAUACAAAGGUGGUCAAUUAUUUUGAUUGGAUUAUCCGCCAUACUGGAGAUCUUCUAAUUUCUUGAAACAACGUGUGAUUUUUUGAGUUUAAAUAAUUCUACACAUACAAAAAUGAAGAUUGGCUAGAAGUCUGGAAAAGUCAAAGUUAAGCAUUUUUAAGUCACAUUGAUUUCAGUGGGAGAGGAUGUGCCCCAUGUAAGCAUGUUUGCUCAGAAGGGCUGACUCCCAAGUAAAUGGGCAAAAGCGUGUUGAAAUAUAUGGAUUUAGAAUUGCAUAACUCUGGGUGGAUUAUACCGUAGACGCAUCAAUUAUAACCUGUGAAAUUUGCAUGUAAACAAUAGCCCACAUGAUGCACAAGGCAAUGCUGUCACUCCUGAUUGGCCAGUGCUGUUGCACAUUGGAAGCCAGCCCUGACAGUGUUCCAGAAGAGCACAGUUGUUCAAAAGAAAAAUUGCACCAUUACUUAAAACCGUAUACCCCUACUUGCACAGAAAAUUUCCUUGCGCAUCACAUGGACCAAUGACUGCAUUUUUUGUACUUGCACUAUAAGUUCAAAUAAAAUUGAUGCAUACGCCA